UCGCAAGAUCGCUGGAUUGCGCCUGCUAGCCAAGCCCACGUGCUCACCUUUCGCUGGCGCCAAGCACACUGAAUCUUCCACAUGUCCGCCUCGCUCGAUUCGACGUGAAAGACGACUGUUGUACAGAAUCUGAGGUAUAUCAAUCAUUUGCGAAUUCAUUGGAGUCUUAGUCGUUUCCGGAAGCUACAGCUACAAGCAAGACGGCACUCGAAAUGGCCAAGAAAACCAAAUCCAAGAGCACUGCUACUCCGAGAAAAGAAGAAAGUGUCGUACAGGAAGAGACGUCGACCACUGCCAGCACCAAUGGCAAGAAAAUGGGUUUCCGAUUCGCUCAAGGCGCGCUGAUGCGAGCGCCUUUCUUGCUGUUCGGAUGUUUAGUUCUCUACUUGUUGAAGCAAAACGGCUACAUCUCCCCCGAUGUUGAUUCAAGCACGACGAGUGAAGGUACUGGAAUGGGAUUCUCGUUCACGCAAAUCUUGGUCGUAAACAUUGUUUCUGAGGCGUGUGUGAAGGUUUGGAGGAUGCUUCUGCGGGAGAAGGAGAUGACGAAGAAGAACAUCUGAGAAAGUCCAAAUGGGAAUUUCAACACAUUGUAUACUUCUGAAGCGUAUGUGUUACAGCCCGGUUCUCUGAGACAUGAUGAAGUACUGCUUCAUUGUUCACAUUUGUUGCUGACGGCUUUACUUCUAGUGCUGGCAGAUCCAUGUUCAGCGGCGCCUCGGCAAGAAUUACUUCGCUCGAAUGAAAAUGCCAGAUCUUCUCGAACACAUAGAGCUCUGCAUUGAAUUCUCCACGAUGCUUUGAUGCGCGAUCUGCUGGCAUCACGCUUUUCUGCUGGCUAGA